GACUAAGACUCUCUGUGAUCUUCUAGUGGACCAGACAAACUAUCACUGCAGGAUGCCGCUGGGAGGAGGAAACAAGUGUGGCUGCUGUAAGAAGACGGUGUAUUUCGCAGAGGAGGUUCAGUGUGAAGGACAAAGCUUCCACAAGUCCUGCUUUCUGUGCAUGGUGUGCAGAAAGAACCUAGACAGCACAACAGUAGCUGUGCAUCAGGAUGAGAUCUACUGCAAGUCCUGCUACGGCAAGAAAUACGGCCCAAAGGGCUACGGCUUUGGUGGAGGAGCGGGAACGCUUAGCAUGGACACGGGCGAAGCUCUGGGAAUCAAACCGGCCGGACAAACUUCCCAUCGUCUGACCAACAACCCCAACCCGUCAAAGUUCGCUCAGAAGCUCGGCGGUUCGGAUGUUUGCCCUCGCUGUGGAAACGCCGUGUAUGCAGCAGAGAAGGUGGUUGGAGGGGGAAACUCUUGGCAUAAGAGCUGCUUCAGAUGCGCAAAGUGUGGAAAGAGUCUGGAGUCCACAACUCUAGCAGAUAAAGAUGGAGAGAUUUACUGUAAAGGGUGCUAUGCCAAGAGCUUUGGACCGAAGGGCUUUGGCUUUGGUCAGGGAGCUGGUGCUCUGGCUCACGCUCAGUAGAAAUACAGUAGAAAUACAGACUUCGGUGAACCCAGGAGUACAGACUGUUUGAUAAAUGUUAUAAACACAUAUAAGUGCCCAGUUUGGUGCUUAGUAUGUUCUAGAUUUAAUAAACAGUUUUAUUGUGAAAUCCAAAAUGUUAUUAUCAACUGACAUUUUUGCAAUAAUAAAACUUUUUUUUUUUUUUAA